GCUCUACCGCACAACAAAGAUCAUCACCGCCACAUAUGAGGUCGAAGCUUAGCAUCAAGUCAAAUCGCGGAAGAUUCAACGUCACUGUGUCAUCACACAUUUUUUGGCACGCAGUUGUCUUGGCGCUGGCAUUGCCGCCGCCGACAUGAUCCUCUAGAUGCAGUCAGCGGCCGUUUCAGCCAUGCUUUGAUUGAUCAUCAGGCAAUGACAGAACGAACGCUCGAAGUCGGGAACACGACAUUGCUGGUCGCGCCCAUCUCUUCCUUCUCGAUUCGACUCCCUCAUUCCGAUGUCCACCCAAAAUCUCUACCUGCAAAGCCUGCCGUCACAACCCAUGUUGCCUCUGGUUCAGGUGCACCAUAAGGUGCAUCCACAAUCAAACCACCAAGCAGUCCCCUCGCAUUACAACCGCCACAGUCCGAGCAACCCCUCGGGCGACCAGCUUCCACAGUCAUCAAGAGACCCCGUAUCUUUUCUGUCUCCGAAAGAACUCGCAAGAGCCAUUCCCAUUCGGAAUCUGCAGCCCGGCCAUCCUAUCUACCAUCGCACAGCAAGACUCUCGCUCCCAUCCUAUGUCGCUGAUCACAAUGAAUACCAGCUAAGACGCAAGACUCCAAACGGAACCUUGCAUGCCGGCUACGAUGGCUCUCCAACACAGCUUGCCCAAGGCCCUCCGCCGUUAAAGCACAUGAUACUAUCAGCUCCGCCGGCUGCUUCAGUAACCUCCCGGCCGCAAAUGGUUCACAAUGUAUACUCCGCUUAUCCGUCGAGCCUGCGCGCGAACGGGUUUACUUCACAAGUGUGCGACAGUCACACUUUCGAUGCCGUACAUACGGCUUCUAUCACACAAUGCCCACGAUCUUCUCUGCACGAUUUCCAACAACAGAGGCGCUACUCGGCCGAUCCUAGUACUCCGCGCUUUCACGGAGCCACAUAUGAUAUCAGUAAUGAACCGGAACGGUGGUCAACUUGGUAUAGUGCCCAGCCACAACCUCCGUACGACAACUUGACCGCCAGAGCUGGCUGUCUGGGUGCGCCCAAUGCCUUCGAUCAUAUAGACAGCCGUCCAGAUCGCAGCGAACUCCGAGACUUUGGAUCUAUGCCGCCUCGCAAUGGUCUUGAAUACCCACCCUCCGUGUUACAGACGUCAUAUCCUGCUGUGGAGUCUCUUGCUAUAGGAUCCAAUUCUUUCCAGCCUGAUAUGUCCACGGCCUCUCAAUUCAGAGAGAAGACACUAACUCAGGCAUAUCGUGCUUACAUGGAUUUACUCACGCAACUUCAUCAUAUGCGGAAGGCUGGCCCUUCGUCGCUGAGCUCUAGCGCGCUGUCAAAAUUGCUUGUCUAUCCAAAGCCAUCGAAACCGACGCCUUGGGACCCCAACAUAGCUCUAGGGGGGCCAGCCCACGACACCGAGCUAUCGUUCACGAAUACGAGAACGAGGGCGACGCGGUUUCCAACUGCGGACAUGUAUUUCGUCGGUACACCUCCAGUUGAGUGGGAUGCUGGUCCCAAGCAUGUCCCUGUCGUUCCAGCAGCCAUGAUGCCAUGCCAUGCUUUGCCUAUGGAGAUAAACAAGGGCUCGCCAUCGUCAAGCGCGAAAGCUUCAUUAGAGACUCUGACACACCUCUGUGAACAAAGCAGUUGGAAAUGGACAGACGGGAUGAUGCUUGGAGGGUGUCUACUUUAUGGGCUUGAUCGCUUCGAAGACGCCUCGGACUGGUUCAGUCGAAUCAUUGAGCUUAACGCCAACAAUGUAGAGGCUAUGUCGAACAAGGCAGCGACGCUUUUCUGCCUGAACCGACAGGAAGAAGCCGAAAAGCUUUGGCUCCAAGCUAUUAGAAUACGCCCGCAAUUUAUAGAGGCUGCUGAACACCUCGUUGGCUUGCUUUACAAGAAGCGAGGUCGGGAAGCUGUCAGGAUCAUCGACUUCAUCCAGCGGUCCUUGAAGCUGCCGGGCGUCACAAGUCAUUCAAGAGAACUCGAUUCGAAAUUGGCAAGAAACUCUGAAUCCAGCGACAGCCAGACCCGAACAUCUUCCCUCCCGUUGUCUGAGAAUGCAGACGGAAAGUCGUCAGGGUUUGGAUCCAGCGGUUAUGCCAUACCAGCAUCUGAAAACGGCCGGAUGCUUGCCCUCGUGCACGCCAAGGGUACUAUGCUGUAUAGUCUCAAAGAAGUUGACAGGGCAUCGCGAUCCUUCGAGGAAGCAGUCUUAAUUAGUGCUGGGCGGCAAUUUGCAUGCGUCCGGGACCUAGUGUUUAGGGUCCAGUCAGUCCUCUCCCCUGGGCAAUGGGUGUCAGCAACACAAGGCAUCCCGAACACGGACACUUUGCCUCCUCUUCUUCUACCACCCGAGAGGGCACGGAAUACUGCCGGUCUUGUUUUCCCCGGGCGCGGCAAGUUGCCAGGCCUUGUUUGUGUACCGAAUGGAGGUCCAAGGCGGGCAGCUAUACAAACAACAAGCAACUCACUGUUGUCGCUUGCCAAGAUCUACCAGGACACCAUGUCAAGCGCAGCGGGUAGUUCGGUGCUUAACCAGCGUCCCUCCGGCAUUAACGACAUCCUCGCGCUCUACUAUUUGUCUCUUUCUUUGCAAGAAAGCCCUUCAACGGCAAACAAUGUCGGCAUCCUUCUUGCCAGUGUGCAACAAGCCCCCAGCACGACCUCGCAAUUCAUGGUAUCGAACAGACCGCAGGCGUCGGGCAUACCCGGUAUCUUGCCGGGGAGUGGCCUCGCGCUUGCCCUGUCUUACUACAAUUAUGGUCUGUCGUUAGAUCCAAAACAUGUUCAUCUCCACACCAAUCUUGGAAGUCUGCUUAAGGAUAUUGGCCAGUUGGAUCUGGCCAUCCAGAUGUACGAACAAGCUGUCUCGUGCGAUGGUACAUUUGACAUCGCCCUAACAAACUUGGCCAAUGCCGUUAAGGAUCGAGGCCGCACUAGCGAUGCCAUCGCAUACUACAAGCGGGCAGUACUUUCUAAUCCCGACUUCGCAGAAGCUGUGUGUGGAUUAUUCACGGCACUGAAUUCGGUCUGUGACUGGAGAGGACGGGGAGGCUUGGUGUUGCCCGAAAACGAAUACGAUCGAUGGCAUGUUGACGAUGACGGUAUGCUCGUGGAUGCUGCGGUCCAGCGUCAAGCGAGUGGCCUAACAAAGAAAGUGGUCGACAUUGUGCGAAAGCAACUCGAGGAGGCAUCGACCUGGGGUAUUGGUGCGCUGCCAGAAGGAGAUCUCACAAUCUUCGUUUCACAGUUGCAGCAGGCGCGAGCCUUUGCUGCAGACGACGCGUUCGAAAUUACAUCUGGUCUUCGAACAUGGUCUCGGAAACAUUGGGAAGGCUCGCGCAUUCUGCGCUUUGUCGAGCGGUCUACAAAAGCGGUCAUGCGACGGUGGUAUUGCGACAUAUAUAUCCUCGAUCUGACAACCAGAUCAACUUACAACCGGCCGCUGUUGCCGCCUGCUCUUACGGUUCCGUCCGCACCGACCGUUCUCCCAUUUCACACAUUUACAUGUCCCUUGACCGCCCAGGAUGUACGCAUGAUAUCGCAACGCAAUGCGUUGAGGAUCUCAUGCUCGACCUUACGGGCGCCCUGGCUGCCACGCUCUGUCUACCGACCCCCUCCUCCACCAUCGCCUCAACUCAAUGUUGGUUAUGUUUCGUCCGACUUCAAUAACCAUCCCCUUGCUCACCUGUAA